AUGCCCGGAGCCCGGGCUCUCUCGGAGGAGAACGGCACCCUCUUCCCCUUCUUCUCGGAGUUCAAGGGCGCCCAUCGCGUCGCGCUCACCGCCCUGGAGACGGCCGCGCUGACGCUGAUCUUCCUGCUGGCCUUGGCGGCCAACGCGUGCGGCAUCGCGCUCCUGGCGCGCCGCCGCAAGCGCUGCCUGCGCGCCUCGGGCUGCCUGGUGCUCAACCUCUUCUGCGCCGACGUGCUCUUCAUCAGCUUCAUCCCCGUCAUCCUGGUGGUGCGCUGGACCGAGAGCUGGACGCUGGGCGAGGCCGCCUGCCACCUCCUCUUCUACGGCAUGAGCCUCAGCGGCAGCGUCACCAUCCUCUCGCUGGCCGCCGUCAGCCUGGAGCGCGUGGUCAGCAUCGUGCGGCUCAGGCCUUUGCGGCCCUGCCAAGGCCGGGUGGUGGCCGCCAUCCUCCUGCUCAUCUGGGCCUUCUCGGCGCUGGCCACCCUCCCGCUCUCCCUCUUCUUCACCGUCGUGCCCCAGCACAUCCAUGGCCAGGAGGUGCGCAUUUGUACCCUGAUGUGGCCCAGCACUGCGGGAGAAAUUGCUUGGGAUGUCUCUUUUGUUGUUGUAGUCUUCCUGAUACCAGGACUGGUAAUCGUAAUCAGUUACUCAAAGAUUUUACAGAUUACGAAAGAAUCGAGGAGACGUCUAAAUGCCAGCAUGGCCUAUUCAAAGAAAAACCACAUCCAAGUUUCCCGACAAGACUUCAGACUGUUGCGGACUCUCUUUGUGCUGAUGAUCUCUUUCUUCAUCAUGUGGAGCCCAAUAAUCAUCACCAUUCUCCUCAUUUUGGUACACAGAUUUCAACCCGAUGUGGGCAUUUUGCCUUCUGUUUUCUUCUGGAUCAUGGCCUUCACAUUUGCCAAUUCAGUGGUUAACCCUGUUUUAUAUAAUGCAGUCCACUUCAGACGCCAGUGGAGGCGAGCCUUUUUCUGUUGUCCAGGCCCACCUGGAAGAAGAGAGGCUACAACAGAGACGACUCCCAGGCACAAUAACCAUGGACCUCCUACCUUGUCUGUUAUUUCCAGAUAG